AUGAGAGGAUGGUUGUUGUCGCUGCUGCUGCUCUCCCUGUCUCUUCACCUCAUGCUUUGGAGCAGCUUCCCUCAUCCCGAAGCCAACUUCAGCCUCAAGAGCUUGACUCGCUCCAAGCCCAAGCCCAGCAAGAGCUUCUGCAUUGUGAAUCACUCGCGGUAUACUUGCACGUCGUUCGAGCAUGUGCAGGUGGAAACAAGGAUGGACCGUGGACCUCCAAACUGCCUUGGAGGACUGGAGUCAUGGGGCAUCUGUGACAGGGAAGAGUUUCUAUGCCUAAGCAUGCUUGUACACGAUUCUGGGCCCAGGUGCUCUAUAAGGUGGGGUUUCCACACAACUGAGUAUUCGUGCACGCCCGCCCCGUUCGCAUGCUCCACGCACUGUCUGUCUGAAGAAGCAAGCUACGGGAUCUGCAGACACAAUCAAAUCCUGUGCAAGAUUCACGAUGUGCGACAUCUACCUCCGGCAGAUCGAAUCGUUCGUCAUUCCUGCAUCGGCAGUAGUUGCUUACUGCAGGAUGUCUUCUACAACCUCCAGUGGAGUCAGCGUUUCAAUGAAAGUUUGUCAUUCGGCUGUUUAGCUCAGUGGAAUGAGGAGAUGUCUAAGUUUGAGUGCAAGUUACCAGGCGAUCGAAUGGAUGAAACUUCACAUGCAGCUUCUCCUGGUUCUCAUCAGAGCAACAUUACCUCCUUUGUCAGCGACUGUCCGGGGAUCAGAGACAUGAGACAUGCAAGGGCUUCCAAUAGAGUAGAUGUUGUUGCAACGAUCGAUGAUGGCCAGAGCGUCUCAUGUGCACAAACUGUGAAUGUUACAGCAUACCUCGUAUACUUCGAUGGCUGGAACCCGUUUCACCAGAUGUUGCAGUCGUUUCGAAACAUUUUCGCCGGGUGGGUCUCGUUCUCGAGCUUGAUUGAAUCAGAUCGAUUCGAUCCCAGCAGGUCAGGCAAGGCCGGCGGCCUCGUUCCUGCGAGAUCAGAUUGCGUGUUUGUCACACGCGACCAGGAGAUGAAGGAGCUGGGACCUUUCGGACGCGGCAUCAUCCCGUUGCUGUGCAGGCGAGGCGUGCUGUCGUUGCUCAACUUUGGAAACUCGAGUGAGUCCGUGUGCUUCAAGAACAUCGUCGUUGGAGUCACAGCUGGGGGUUGGGACAUGGAGGUUGGCAGGAGGGAAGCAGUGGAAGUCAGCUUGAGUGGAGUCCUCCUCAGUUCUUGGGUCAAGUCCAGGCUUGGAAUCCCCCUUCAGUCUAGGCCGCUUGAGGGAAGCAGAAGAGGUAGCGUACUAUUCUUGGUGCGACAUGGCCGGAGGGAGAUUGUCAACGAGUACAAUGUGACAAGUCAGUUGAGGGGACUAGAUCAUAUCAAUCUCUCUGUGCAUGAUUUCGACAGAGAAACUUUCAUGGAGAUAUUGCGAUCUGUUUCAGAAGCUGACAUCUUUAUGGGUGUGCAUGGAGCUGGACUUGCCAAUCUUGUGUGGCUUCGACCGAAGAGGAUGGUUAUCGAGCUGAUGGUUGGCUGGCCGAGACCUGAUUACUUUCAGAUGUGCGCGUCUUUCGGUCAGUAUCACACGGACUACACGCGGACUAGCUUGAAGCGACCUGAGAGCCCAGACUGGGAACUUCAUGAUGCCAGGGACUAUCUGGUGUUGGUGGACGAUAUUCCCCUACUGCUUGAGACAGUCGUUGAGGGAUUAAACUCAACCAUGUCAUCACGAGAUGUUGAACCACUGCCAAUGUGA